AAUCUUUUAUAUUUAAAUGCAUUUUAUUAUUGGGCCUCAUUUUAACUGUGCAUUCCAUUACAGCAGUUGAAACCGUUUUGUGAUCGUUAAAAAUAAAACCGUUUUUAAUUAAAGUUUAAUUAAAAUGGCCACAAUCCACGUGAAAGAUCAAUCUGAAUUCAACUCCAAACUAGAAGAAGCCGGCGAAAAGUUAGUGGUGGUGGACUUUUUCGCAACAUGGUGUGGUCCAUGCAAAUUAAUUGCACCAAAAUUAGAAGAAUUAAGUGCUGAAUUAGCUGAAAAAAUUGUUAUUAUUAAAGUCGAUGUCGAUGAAUGCGAAGAUUUAGCAGCAACGUACAAUAUAUCCUCUAUGCCUACAUUUGUUUUUAUUAAAAACAAGACCCAAGUGGAUUCAUUCAGUGGUGCAAACUAUGAUAAAUUGAAAUUAACAAUAAACAAACAUAUUUCAUAAUAAUGUAGUUAAUUAACAAUCAAGUACUUAAAAAUUAUGGCUAAACCUCUAUUUACAAAAACACAACAAAUUGAAAAAAAAAAAAAAAACAACAAAAACAAAAAAGAUUUUUUAUUUUUAACUUUUCUUUAUAAUGAAAUGAUAAAUGAAGGAAUCAUGUAAUUAUUUAAAAAAUAUUUUACGCUUUUUUGCAAUAUUUUAUCUUCAAUUGUAUUCCACAAACAAUGGCGAAAUAAUACAACACAGAAUAAUUUAUU